AUGGAUCAAGUUGCAUUCAGCUCCUCGCAAAGGAAGAGCUUGCCCUACUUUCAGAUAGAGGACAUCAUUGGUGCAACAGACUUCGACGGCAAACCGCUGAAUGUGUCAGACGUGCAGGAGUUUGUUCGCAUGCAGCUGGACCAGCCGGAUCGUUUCGCUGCACACCGCAGCGAGUCUCCAGACCGCUACAAUGACGAGCGCUUGUUCUGCAAUCGCGGCUUGAGGAACGUCCCCACAGCUGAUAGCACCUGCCAGCUUCGCAAGUCCCCCGACAGGCAGUGUUGUUGCCAAGAAUCUCUCGUCAAGUCGGCGCAGAGUUGCAUAGCAGUGGACGGAGCUGCAACGGACGUGGCCCCUUUCUUUGUGGAAGGAAACUACACACGGCGUUCAGAGCAUGGUCACUGGACGGGGAGCGUUUCGAUGCCGCCGACAAACAGUGAGCAGCGAGAGCAGGACAUGCCGACAACCAUCUCUGCACCGGAUGCACAAGCAGUUGACCAUCCUAAAACAGAGGCAAACGAAUCGGAGAUGAUGUUCAACUGGGCGAAGAUGGAUCAGUGGAGCCGGAGGUGUGUUCAGCAGAAGAUGGUGGAGUUUGUCAAGUCACACUCCCACAGCAAGAGGGUUCGUGCCGGCACAACUUGCACCCGAAUUGGCAAGGUUACGACCUGCCGACCGAGAUACAGAACCAAUCGGUGGACUACUUACACUCAGGAAUACAAGAGCCAAUGCAUCAAGUAUGAGUACACUCGUGCUUGUCCGGCAGGGCAGGGCAAGUAUGAAAAGCAGAUUCCUGAAGGCCAAUGCAUGACAGAGCCCAGCGACCUCAACACAGAUGAGCUGCAGCUGGAGGAGGUCGGGCCAAUGACUUAUGAGUGCCCAGACCUGCACGUCAGUGGGCAAGCGGGGAACCGCGUCUUCAGCGAGGCCUGCGUCUGCAGCUGCUGA